AUGGCGUUUGAGUUACCAAACGAUUUCAGAUGUCCGAUCUCACUUGAGAUUAUGUCUGACCCAGUAAUCAUCCAAUCGGGUCAUACUUUCGACCGGGUCUCUAUCCAACGCUGGAUCGAUUCCGGCAAUCGAACUUGUCCAAUCACCAAGCUCCCCUUGUCGGAAAACCCUUCUCUGAUUCCUAACCACGCCUUACGAAGCUUAAUUGCAAACUUCGCUCAUGUAAGCCCUCAAGAAUCACCAAGACCCAAGACUCAACAAGACCACACUCAGUCUCAAUCUCAAUCCUUAAUCUCCACUCUUGUCUCUCGAUCGUCGUCUUACGAGUCAAGGCUCGAGUCACUGACUCGACUCGUUCGACUCACGAAGCGAGACUCGUUGAUUCGAAGGAAAAUCACUGAGUCAGGCGCGGUUCGUGCGGCUCUUGAUUGUGUUGACUCGUGUAAUCAGGUUUUACAAGAAAAGUCUCUAUCUUUGCUUUUGAAUCUAAGUUUAGAAGAUGAGAACAAAGUUGGUUUAGUCGCUGAUGGGGUAAUUAGACGGAUUGUGGCGGUUUUACGGGUCGGGUCACCCGAUUGCAAAGCCAUUGCUGCUACUCUGUUAACGAGUUUAGCUGUUGUAGAAGUGAACAAAGCCACAAUUGGUUCUUACCCUGAUGCAAUCUCUGCUCUUGUGUCUCUUCUCCGGUUAGGGAAUGACCGGGAAAGGAAGGAAUCAGCGACUGCUCUUUACGCUCUUUGUUCGUUUCCGGAUAAUCGAAAACGUGUUGUGGAUUGCGGGUCGGUUCCUAUUUUGGUUGAAGCAGCUGAUUCAGGGCUUGAAAGAGCAGUGGAAGUGUUGGGGCUUUUGGUUAAGUGUAGAGGAGGAAGAGAAGAAAUGAGUAAAGUUAGUGGCUUUAUUGAGGUUUUGGUUAAUGUUUUGAAAAAUGGAAGUUUGAAAGGGAUUCAGUAUUCUCUGUUUAUCCUCAAUUGCUUGUGUUGUUGUAGCCGAGAAAUCGUCGAUGAGGUUAAGAGAGAAGGAGUUGUAGAGAUAUGCUUUAGUUUGGAGGAUAAUGAGAGUGAGAAAAUAAGGAGGAAUGCUACUAACUUAGUCCAUACUUUACUUGGAGUCCAAUGA